AUGUUGUACGAAUUGAUUGCUAUUGUCCGUCCGGGCAGCCUCCAUGAGGUCCGAGAAAUUGCGCGUAACGCUGGUAUCCAAGUUCUCCGGUCUGGCGGCGUAGUCCGCGGCUACACGAACUGGGGCACCUUCCGAUUGCCCAGGCCCACCACGAAGCAUCAAGCCCGGUAUACAGAUGGUCACCACUUCAUCAUGCGAUUCGAUGCAUCGGGGCCGGUGCAGACGGCCGUUCGGAGAACCCUCGGUCUUGACCCGCGGAUGAUUCGUUUCUCGGUGGUGAAACUCGGCGACAAGCUCGAGGAGAUCAAGAAUGUGGGAGGGCAAGUCGAGUGGAAUAAUAACCGCAACAUUGCCGACACUUUCAGAUAA